UUGGCGGCGCUGGCGCUGCCGUGUGAGCUGAAGGGCAGGAGGGAGGGAGGGAGCGAGGGAGCGAGGCUGCAGCGGCGGCCGGCAGCGCAGCGCUGGCAGCCGGCGUACACAGGCGCUGACACCCGCUGCCCGGGAGCAUCCCCGCUUGCAGCAACCCCUCAGCCCGCUGUGCCGCUCUUACAGCCGCCCUCGGUGCAUCUCAACCGAAUGCAAGCCCCUGAACUCCCCCCAUCCCUCCUCUCCAGAUUACCUAUGGAAUAGAUAGACAUCUCCUCUUUAGACUUGCCACUGCUUCUUAAUCCACACACACAGCCUAGGUUUUUUGUUGUUGUUAAACCUUUCCCCCCUCUCCUUCCCUUCUCUCCUCUGCCUUUUAAACACCAUUCUUUGCUGGCUGGCUGUCCCUCGACAAACCAUGCCAAGCAAAUCCAAAUACAACUUGGUAGACGAUGGACACGACCUAAGGAUUCCUCUACACAACGAAGAGGCGUUCCGGCAUGGGAUCAGUUUCGAGGCGAAGUACAUUGGCACGCUGGAUGUACCCAGACCAAACAGCAGGGUGGAGAUUGUGGCUGCAAUGCGAAGGAUUAGAUACGAAUUUAAAGCCAAGAACAUCAAGAAGAAGAAGGUGAAUAUAAUGGUGUCUGUGGAUGGGGUCAAAGUCCUUCUCAGGAAGAAAAAGAAGAUGGUGAAGAAUCUGGAAGCAAAGGAGGAUGACAGGAGAGUAACUCCGACUACAUUUUGGAUGACUCUCCUCAAAAAAGAAUGGACAUGGGAUGAGAGCAAGAUGUUGAUCAUGCAGGAUCCAAUCUACCGGAUAUUCUACGUCUCACAUGACUCUCAGGACCUGAAGAUCUUCAGCUACAUAGCUAGAGACGGCACCAGCAAUGUCUUCCGGUGUAAUGUCUUCAAGUCCAAGAAAAAGAGUCAAGCAAUGAGAAUCGUGAGGACCAUUGGACAGGCUUUUGAGGUGUGCCACAAGCUAAGCCUCCUGCACACGGAGCAGGCGGUGCAGAGAGAGGAGGACCAGGAGAGUGAAGAGAGCGUCGAAGACAACAGCAUCUCAGAUCCACAGCACCCUGGGACGGAGCGGGAAGGAUCCGAGGAGACGGACAUUGAUGCGGUCGACCCUCCCCUACACGAUGGCACAGAGGGUGACUUUAGCCGUGGCGUGACAGACUUGGACGCGGUCCGAAGCGAAACGGACCUUCACAGGGUCUACAAGCUCCGGGACGGCAGCCCAAGUAUCCUGAUGGCCUCACCCAAGAUGCUGCUGCCCUCGUCCGGCCGCCUGCCGCUGGGAACGCCGCUCUCCGCCCACCACCAGCUCCAGCUGCUCCAGCAGCAACUCCAGCAGCAGCACCAGCAGACCCAGGUGGCUGUGGCCCAGGUCCACCUCCUGAAGGACCAGUUGUCGGCGGAGGCAGCGGCUCGGAUCGAGGCCCAAGCCCGUGUCCAUCAGCUGCUGCUGCAGAACAAGGACCUGCUCAAACACAUCUCGCUGCUGGUGAAGCAAGUACAGGAGCUGGAACUCAAAUUCACCGGCCAGGGUUCAAUGGGCUCGCAGGACAGUCUGUUGGAGAUCACCUUCAGGUCGACGGUGCUGCCGGUCCUGUGCGACCCCACCACCCCCAAGCCGGGGGAGGUGUACCUGCCCCAGCUGUGCGACGGCUUGGAUCUGCCCCUUCCGCUGGGCAGCCCGCUAGUUGACCAAAGCAUGUUUGAGAAUUCCAACACCUCAUCGACGGCCAAACCUCACCACGGCAAGAUGCCCGGCUCUACCAGGGGCACCGCGGCCAGCUCCUCCUCCACCUCCGCUGUCCCCGACUCGGCUGGGAAAUGGGCCGGCGGAGGUGCGAGCAACCACCAGCACCUCAAGAGUGCCAUCAACCUGGGCAAGGCGGUGGGGGCCAAGGUCAACGACCUGCUGCGGAGGAAGGAGUCCAACACCAUGGUCGCCGGCGUGACCGAGGUCAACAAGAACGCCGAGGGAGUCCUGGCGAUGGCGGCCAAGGGCGAGACCCAGCCGGUAGCCAGCGGCGGAGCUCAGACCCUGCUGGAGUCGUUCCCUCGGUUGGAGCCACCUCCACCGACGGUCAAGAAGAGGACCUCUCGGGCACUGAAGACCACUCAGGAUAUGAUGAUCUCGUCCGUGCCGGUGGUCAGCUGCGGUGACAUCUCUGACCCCCCCGUCCCCUGUGCUGACCAGCGAGAGGCCCCGGCACUGGAGAGUAAGGCCAGUGAAGUUGAAGGUGACCUCUCGGGCAGCGUGGACAACGUGACCCCAAACGCCGCCGAUGCCGAUUCCAAACCAGAGGACAAACACUGCAACACCCUGGAGAGCUCCGAGGACAUCUCCAGCCCUGCCCUCUCCGUGCCCGAUCUACUGAGCAAAGAUCCCGUGGACGUCAAGCUAAAGCCAGCGGGCCAGGAGAAACGAGGGGCCUCCUCGCCCUGCCCCGACGAGGCCUGCUUGCGGAUCAGCCUCAGCGAGGACGACCUCUUGGGCAAUGACUCUGAAGACUCUGGAGUGCCGAGGCAAAGAUGCUCGAGUGUGGAAAACGAGGAGCGCCAUCCGGAUCUGCUGUCCUUUGACUAGGCUUGCCGUGGGGCUCCAACUUCAGCAGCCCACACAGGGAAGGGUCCAACCUUUAAUCGCUGGGAUGGUAUCAGAGGGAUGAGGGGCGGAAUCUCUGCAAGGUGUUCUAGCCCUUUGUAACAUUUCACACCAAAUCUCAUCCCCAUUAUUGGUCCAACUUUAAGAACCGUUGCAGUUUAGAUCUUGAGGGUUCUGUAUCAAGGUUUACCACACGGUAGGUUGCACAGUGAAGCGUGCCACUUCCCUUCAGUGGACACACGUUUGGCUCCAAGCCUGACAUUCAAGCUGACUUGAAGAUCUGACCUUGCAUCGCCAUCGAAAGGUCACCAUCCCUAGGGCUGCUUUCAAAGGACACACCUUCCCUGGGAACAGGACAAGCAAAGGAAAGAGGGCUGCAGAGAGUUAUAAGAGUCAUCCAGUCAUACAGCACGAAAACAGGCCAUUCGGCCCAACUCGCCCAGUUGCAUGAUUAGGACAUUGAAGGUGCACUAGCUGGACGCUUGAAUUAACCCUCCCUCGCAUACGUCAGCCUAUUUAUAUUCAACUGGAGCCCGCUGAUAAGAUAGUAAAGACUUUCGCUUCAGACCAGCCAUUUAGACAUUCCACUCCACACUCACACCUUGAGGGUUAGAUUCUAAAGCUAGGAUGUUCAACCAAUCCACCCAACCCUUCACCAAAGUCAGCCAACAACCUAUAGCUGUUUGCAAAGCCGUGGGUAAUAACACAACGUUAAUUGCCUAAGUUAUGUCCGGUGAGCUGAAACAAGGCCACACUACAAUUUUCUUUUCUCUCCCCAACGAUGAAUUCCUGCAAGCCAUCAAAACAACGAAGUAAAGAUCACGGACAGACGGAUGGUCGGGUACAAGCGACGAUCUAUUUACAACAAAAAUGCCGAAUCCUAAGGGCAAGUGACUUGUAUUGUUAAUUUUUUUUAAUGAAAAUUCAUGUAGUUGAGUUUUUUUUAGCAAAGAAGAAUUUAUUUUAGGUUAAUAUUUACAUUGAUGACUAAAUCAAAACUUUAUAAAGCGUUUCAUUUUAUUAAGACAUCCACAUGUCGCACAGCCUUAAUGAUCUGUUUGAAAGAUUUUUUCCUGUUUUCGGAACUGGAUUAUUUAAUUUACUAACGGGCCAGAUAGCUGCUACUAGACUAAUGCAUCCCACACAUUCAGACCAACUCACAAGGGGCAACUCUUCAGAAUUACCAGUCUAGACAGGAGCUAUUUCCAAAGAUAUUUUGGUAAAGCAAAUUUAUUUAAUGUUUUAAUUUUUUUUUCUAGUUUACUAAUUUUAAUUACUUGUACUGCUUAGUUUAUUUUUCCAGAAUAACAUAAAUCCUUUCCUUCACUCCAAAUCGCUUUGACGAAAUUCUACGACACCCUCUCUCGCUGCUCCCCCUCCAUGAUUCCUCCUGCUCUCCAGCUCUACGCGUUCUUUAUCAUCUCCUCCACAGCCAACAAUGGACCAUUGUGGGCUCCACCUCUCCAUCGUCAUUGCCGGCUUUGAUUUGUCUUUUUGCGUACUUUUCUUUAAUUUGUUUCUUUGUACCUUUUCAUAUCUCUCGUUUCCCGCUUUCUUGACUGGUUGAGUACUCCGUAUCACCGUCUAUAUCUCUAGUUUGCCUUACCCCUGACUCUGUCUGAAGAAGGGUCUCGACCCGAAACGUCACCUAUUCCUUCUCUCCAGAGAUGCUGCCUGUCCUGCUGAGUUACUCCAGCUUUUUGUGUCUAUCCUCACAUCUACCUCAUGAUCCUCUUCACAGUUUUGCUCGACUAAGUAAGUCUGAAGAAGAAAUUGUGCACUUGCCCUCAUGUUAAGGCAUGCAGUACAUGGAGUACUGCAUCGGGAAUCUUGUUUUAGUGUGAUUUACCUUCAAAGCUCAAAGAAAUGCGGGUGAGAAGGGGCAGGAAUUAUAAUGGGGGAAAACCUCUCCUAAUCAGUGCCGAUCUUCUGAAAACCUUUGACCAACUGAUGUUUUGCAGAAUGGAUCUCAAAAUGUAAUUGGUAUAUCACAUGUAGCUGCUUCCUUCAAUUACAAAUGUUAACACUUCAAACCUCUAGUGUUCUCUUUGCCUUAUUUUAUAAAUGAAAAUCUU